AUGGCGUUCCUUCGAAGAAGCGCUCGUGUGCGGUGCACAGCCUGCACAACCGCAUUGCUGGCACCCGUUAAUUAUGCUUUCCAAGCUUAUUCAAAUGAUAUCGCUUUGAAGAUCAAUCAUGCUUUCAAUUACUGGCUCGAAGUACCACAGAAUAAACUCGACGAGAUCCAAGAUUUGAUAAAGAUACUUUAUAAUGCUACCUUCAUGCUCGAUGAUACUGCAGAUUCCGGAGCUUUAAGAUUCAAUGUCCCUGCUGCUUAUCAUCUCUAUGAAAUGGCCAUUACGAUCACAUCUGCUUGUAUUGCUAUUAAUAUGGUCUAUGAAAGAACUCAUACUUUGAACCAUCCAGAGAUGAACUACAAUGAGUACUGUUCUUUCUGUUUAUGCAAUGGUAUUCAUCUUAUUAUUAUUACAAUUAGGGAUUGCGUGUAUUUUUCGAUGCGAUGGAUCGAUUAUAGAGAGGCCAGGGUACUGAGAUCUACUGGAGAGAUAAUUAUAUUUGCCAAUCUGAAACAGAGUAUAGGCAGAUGGCUCAUGAAAGACACAGUGGAUGAAAGUUUUGCCGAUGACAUAUCAGCAGGGACUUUUACUUUCCUUAUCAUACAUGCUAUACGAAAUCAUCCAGAAGAUCAACAGAUAAUUCACAUUUUGAGGCGACGAACGAAGGAUUUGAGGAUGAAGCAAUACUGCAUUAAACUACUAGAACAGUUUGGAUCUAUCGAUUACACAAGAGCUACCCUUGAAAAAAUGGAUAAACAAGCAAGAGAAGUGAUUCAGCAUUUAAGAGGGAAUUGCACUCUGUGCAAUGAGACAAUUCUGAAAACCCGUCAAACAGCUUGUCGUUUAUACUAG